GUCAUUUCAUUUUUGGCUGCAGUGUUGCACAAAAAGGGAACUCGUGAAGAUAUUGAAAAUAAUAUGCCAGAAUUUUUACUGAGGACAAUGAAAAAAGAAUUGAAGUGUAACCCCAAGAAGACUUUUCUCAUAGUGGCCCCUCUUUCAGUGCUGUACAACUGGAAGAAUGAGUUAGACACAUGGGGGUACUUUAAGGUCUCUGUCUUACACGGCAGCAAAAAGGAUGAUGACCUGACUCGCGUCAAGCAAGGGAAAUGUGAAGUUGCCCUUACAACAUAUGAGAUACUUCGCCUGUAUUUGGAUGAAUUUAACAGUGUGGAAUGGUCAGCUGUGAUAGUGGAUGAAGCACAUAGAAUCAAGAAUCCAAAGGCUCAAAUUACUCAAACCAUGAAGUCAUUAAAAUGCAGUGUUCGCAUAGGUCUUACUGGAACUAUUCUUCAAAACAAUAUGAAGGAACUUUGGUGUGUUAUGGACUGGGCUGUACCAGGACUUUUGGGUAGCAGACUGCAUUUCAAGAAGAAGUUUUCUGAUCCAGUGGAGCAUGGCCAGAGGCACACUGCAACUAAAAGAGAGCUAGCAACAGGUCGUAAGGCCAUGGUGAAGCUAGCGAAAAAAUUGUCUGGCUGGUUUCUGAGACGUACCAAAGUGCUUAUCAGUGAUCAGUUGCCAAAAAAGGAGGACCGAAUGGUGUACUGUUCCCUAACCGAAUUCCAGAAGGCUGUGUACCAGGCUGUGCUAGAGACGGAGGAUGUAAGCUUAGUAUUACGAGCAGGAGAGCCCUGCAGCUGUAGCAGCGGCCGUAAAAGGAAGAACUGUUGUUACAAAGUAAAUGCUCAUGGUGAAACAAUUAAGUCACUGCGCUUCAGUUACCUGACAAUCCUGCAGAAGGUUGCCAACCAUGCUGCACUGCUGCAGACGGACAACACUAGCAAGCAGCAGGAAGCACAUAUCAAACGGGUGUGCAACCAGGUGUUUUCCAGUUUUCCAGAUUUUGUGCAGUUAAGCAAAGAUGCGGCCUUCGAAACAAUUUCGGAUCCAAAGUACAGUGGAAAAAUGAAGGUCCUUCAGCAGCUUUUAAAUCACUUCAGAAGAAACAAGGAUAAAGUUCUUCUCUUCUCCUUUUCAACAAAGUUGCUAGAUGUGCUGGAACAGUACUGUAUGGCAUCUGGGCUAGAUUACCGAAGACUUGAUGGAAAUACAAAAUCAGAAGACAGAAUCAGAAUUGUAAGAGAGUUCAACAGCGUUCAAGAAAUUAACAUAUGUCUUGUGUCUACAAUGGCUGGUGGACUGGGUCUCAAUUUUGUUGGUGCCAAUGUUGUUAUACUGUUUGAUCCUACAUGGAACCCAGCAAAUGAUCUUCAAGCCAUUGACAGAGCUUAUAGGAUUGGCCAGUACAAAGAUGUUAAAGUGUUCAGAUUGAUAUCCUUGGGAACUGUGGAGGAGAUGAUGUACCUGAGACAAGUUUACAAACAGCAACUUCACUGUGCGGUGGUUGGAAGUGAAAAUGCCAAGCGGUAUUUUGAGGCAGUGCAAGGAUCAAAGGAACAUCAAGGAGAGCUUUUUGGGAUCCAUAACCUUUUCAAACUUCGGACUCAUGGGUCCUGUCUUACCAAAGACAUCCUGGAGAGGGAAGGGCGAGUAGAAGCAGGAGUCAUGACAGCAACUACAUGGCUAAAGGAAGAGGCUCCUUCAUGCAGCUCAGAAAAG